AAUGAGCGGACCACCAACAGACGGUUCAUCAAUGGAGAAUCGACGACUGUCCCCAAAGAGAGGAAGUCAAGUUGACAAAAGCGACAAGAAGAAGAAACGAAGGAGAUCUUCGUCGUCGUCCUCGUCUUCAUCCAGCAGCGCAAGUGCGAGCAGAGCGAAGAAGAAGACAACAUCGCACAAAAGUCCAGAUGGAAAAACAGAAAGAAAGAAGCGCAGGCGUAGCUCGUCUUCCUCCUCGUCAUCAUCCUCAUCUACCUCUUCCUCGUCCAGUGAUGAAAUGAGCAAGAAGAAGAGUAAAGGAAAGAAGAAGAAAAAACUAUCCAAGAAGAAAAAAGCCAAACUGAAGAAACAGCGUAAGAAGGAGAAGAAGAAGCUGAAAAAGAAGCUGAAAAAGAAAAAGGAGGAAGAAGAGGAGGAGAAGAAGAAGAAGAUGAUGAUGGCAGAGCCUGUUAUCCUCCCUGUAGAAAAACCGCCAUCUUCAUUGGAGGUGUGGCAGGCGGAUGAUGGAGGAGUGGAGCUGGGCCCAGUGAUGACAGACGAGCAGAAGGCCCGCCUGGCCACCAGGAGGCCUCUCACCAAGGAGGAGUACGACGCCCGGCAGAGUGUCAUCCGCAAGGUGGUGGACCCCGAAACGGGACGCACCAGGCUGGUGAGGGGCGAGGGAGAGAUCAUCGAGGAGAUGGUCAGCCGUGAAAAACACAAGGACAUCAACAAGCAAGCCACCAAAGGGGACGGCAACUCCUUCCAGAGAACACUUGGACUCAACAGGUAGAAGAUGCUGUAACUUGGCCGUUGGUGCAUAAAACAAAACGUUGGAUUCACUAAAAGUUGACCUCGGCUGCUCGUAUUUCAAUGAUGUAAAAACGUCACAUUUUUUGUGUAGAUUAAACUAUAGUUUAACAACUUCCCCACGAGGUAGAGGAACACAAUUGUUGUUUAUAUGUCAGAUUUCCAAUUAUUUUAAGGGGCAAAGGGGUUUCCCUUAUGAUAUUGAUAUUGGAUACCGGUCCGAUAUCAACAAAAAAAAGUAUUCGAUUAUAUCGGCUUGCAUAUUAAAUCUCCAAAAUAACUUCUGAGACAACCAGUCCUACUUGUGCAAAACUGGACAGCCAGUUAACAGCUAAUUCUCCUCCAAAAAGCACACAAGGUUGGUCUCCUCUUGUAUUUUAAGUGAAGUGGUAGGUUAUACUAUUGGCUAGAAGUGAGUAGCUACACGACAGCCAAGCAUACAAUAGCUCACAAGCUAGACAUACUGUUAGAAUAAUUGUUUCAGAAUUAUCACAAAAAUGUUGUAUUACAUUGAGUUCCUGACAAGAAGACAAAAGCUGUCUUUGAAACCUACCAAGAGUAAGGCUCGUAAAACUCCACUUUGUAGGGGGGGAAGCAAGAUGAAGAUGUUCCUGUGGGUAAUCAACAGAAAGAUAUUGUUCUAACCUAAGGACUUCAAAACGGAGAGAACCAAGGAUCUGCCCAAUUUCCAGACCACCUCUUUUUGAAGACACAUACGAAAUACGUGUCCUUAAUUAAACAAUAUUGAAGUCUAAAACAUUACAUUUGUCAAUGUAAACUAGUACCAAAAAAAUUCUAGUUGCAUUUUACUAACAGAUACAAAGUCUUCAAGGCAGAGGUGUAGUAGAAAGUAUCCAGUAACAAACGUCUCCGCAUCAUGAGGUUAAUAACCUAAUAAAUUGUUGAAAAAAAAAAUACCACUCCACUUAAAUUAAAGACAGCAUAAAGUCAUUCCAGAUUGUUAAUGAUGAAUAGAUAAGUGUUCACUUGAUGAAGCCUGUUCUAACAUUCCACGCUACAAAAAUUGUGCUGAUAUCAUAUAGGAUCAAUAUCGGUAUUGGACAAUACCCUAGGCUCCAAAAUUGGUAUAUCGAAAUUAAAUAAGUUGUAUGGGGACAACGCUAGUAACAAUGAAUAUAAAUAUAUAUUUUUUGUUAUUUUUCUAGCCUAUUAAAAACAUAGGUUUGGAAAUGCAUGCUUUUUUGAAAAUGUCUGGCGGGUACAUGGUGGCCGUUUACAACCUAAAUAUUUCAAAUUUUUCCCAGUUUGUAUUCCGCAUGUAUAAGUGCUUUUUUCACACACUCGACAAAUCUGGUCGGAUGACUUCAGACGAAUAAAGAUUUUUUUGCU